UGUUGCGGAGAGGCUCUAAGAUUGGCGGCAAGCAGUUGCUGACGAAAACUGAGCCCGAUGAUCUCGCAUGCCUAUGUGGCCGCAGCCGUUCAAUUUGGCCAGGCCAGCGGUUGUUGCUCCUGGUAUCGUGGCUCUUUUUCUCCUGCAACCUCGGAGGAGAAGAGAGAGACAUCGAGCUUGUGUGUCAUGUCAAAGCGGAGCGAGGAUUAGGGCGGCAAAUUAGGCGAGGAAAAAGAAACAAGAUACGAUCCCGGCCAUCAUCUCAUCUCAUCUCAUCUCCCUCCUCUCCUCUCUCUCCGUGUCUAGUGAGUCUAGAUCUCCCGCUCCCGAGUCCCCCGCGCCUGGCACCACUCGCCACUCGCUCGCACACUCUUCCCGGCUCCCGCGCACCUAUAUAUACCCCGCGCAUUGCGCCUCCGCCCCACACACAGCCGCGGGUUUCUUGAUCCGGUAGGCUGCGCGGACCGUGCUGCGCCCGCGCCGCGUUAGCGCUAGUCCCUUGUCCCCUGCCUCCUCGGGUUGCGGCACCGCCGGCCGCGCGCGCGUCCCCGGCCGGCCUCAUCUCCCCUCUCCGGCCGGUCGUUCUGUUGCGCCUCUGCUGGCCGCGCUCUCUCCCGUCCCGGCCAUGGGUCCGUGAUGCGGUCCCAUACAUUUGGUGGUGUGGUGGCUUCUCGCGUUCCGUGAGGCGCACGCGGGGACGGGAGGAGGAGCCGGGCGCUCGGUUGGCUCGGCGCGGCGAGAUGGUGCAGGAGCCGAGCAACAGCAGCAGCCACCACCUGCAGCAGCAGCUGGCCAAGUACGGCGGCGGGACCGGGACCGGCAACGGCAACGGCGCGGCCACCGGCGUGGCGCGGGCGUCGAGGAAGAACAAGCCCAAGAAGAUCCCGCAGCGCGGCCUCGGCGUGGCGCAGCUCGAGAAGCUCCGCAUCGAGGAGCAGAAGAAGAUGGGAGGAGGCCCCUCCGCGGCCACGCCGUCGUCGCACGCGCUCAACGGCGGGGCCCUAUGCCACCUCCCCACGCCCGCGCUGCUCCAUCAUCCGCCGCCGGCGCCCCCGCUCAGCGCCCUGUCGAGGCCGGCCGCCGCGGAGCACUGCGGCUUCCCGCCGGCGCUCUGGAGCCCGGCGGAUCCGGCGAAGCACCCCUACAAGAGAAGCCUGUGCCCGCAGCCUCCACUCCCAAUGGUGAGCACGGGCCUGUCCCUGACGGCGCCGUCGAGCCACCCAACAGAGCCCCCUUCAAACCAAAUGUACAGCAGCAGCAGGAGGAGCAGCGCGGCGGCGCCGGCGCCGACGGAAGACGAGAGGGAACCGGCCGGCGUGGAUAGGUCCUGGCCCUUCAUGUUCGAGGGGAUGACCCCAUUCACGACGACGAGCAAAGCCUUCCCCCCUCCUCCGUUGCCGCCGUUCGCCGUCAGGACGGCGAGCGAUUCCGGGAUGGCCGAUGUCACUCCUGACCUGAGCAGAUACGAGUUCAGAGCGACCAAUUAUUUCAGCAGUGCAAGUGCGUACCCAAGUUGUUCAGACUGGACACCACCGGAGUUCGGUCACGGCAAGGAUGCCGGCCGUAGCAGAAACGCCGGCUUGCUCACCCUGAGCUCCCGGCCUCCACACCUCAUGAAGCAGCCUCAUGUGGUGCCAUCAAUGCACAUCCCGGAGUACAGCGACUUCAGUGCCAGCGCGAUGCCACCCCAGCUGGGGAGCGUUUCAGCUUCGUCAUCAUCGUCGUCCCUGCCAUUCUACAACUUCCUCCCGAUCGGGCCGGUCCACCGGGAGAGAGCCCCGAGCGAGCGGAGGGCCGACGUGUCGGAAGGGGAAAUCGACUUGGAGCUGAAGCUAUGGAAGGGCUGAUCAAAUCUGCAAUGAACAUUUAGGAGGUUGUGGAGAAAGCUAAGAGAGACAGAUGUGUUCAAGUAGUAACAUCAGAUUGUAUCAAACAGCUGCUUUCUAGGAGAUGUUUUCACUGUCAAUAAGUCUUCUGGUGACAUGGUUAAUUUACCUAGCAACUAGUAGUAUGUUAUUUCUGACGAAGUGAAGUAGAGCAGCAGUGUGCAUGAUGGAAGCAGGAAGCUUUUAUGUAUGGUCCAGGUAAGCUGGUGCCAAAUGUAGCAGAAACUCAACAGAAAAGUGUGAGAUGGGUAGAUGUUGCCGGCAGCGGAAAGGAGAGCAUGUGCAAAGGAUGGGCAUCACUUCACAGCUAGCUGCUUGUGGGGCCUCUCCCGUGCAGAUCUAGCAAGUGUCACAAUGAAAUUUUUCUCACUACACACAUGACAAAGCGGUGUGCCAAGAAAUGCUACUCCAUAAAUCAUCAUACCAAGAGCAAAAUGCAGAUUAGAUUCCACCGUGGUUUUCGAUUUCAGUUUCAGAAAAGUUUCAGCACCAACCGAAAUCACCGAAAUUCAGUGAAUUUCAGUGAUUUCGGUUUGCGUUUCGGCCGGGCCAAAAUAUUCACUUGAAUCCAAUUAAAAUUUUGAAACUUAUGAAAAUAUUUGAAUUCUUGUGUACUACUGAAAUUGCUAAUAUUUUGGCCAGAACAUACAUAUUUCAGUGCCAGCUGAUGAAUUUCAUCAAAAUC